CCUGUGUGCCGCAACUGCAAGACGCAAACCACGCCGCUCUGGCGCCGCGACGAGACCGGCCAGGUGCUCUGCAAUGCCUGCGGCCUCUUCUUGAAGUUGCACGGCCGCCCGCGGCCCAUCAGCUUGAAGACCGACACCAUCAAGCUGCGGAACCGCAUCAAGCAGCCGAAC